GAAACUCCGAGGAACGGGGAGGCGCAUUUAGACUGGCAAAAUCACAAGGAAAAGUAAGUUAAAUCGAAGGGGAAUCGCGCGAAUGUUAUUGCCCCAGAGUCCUGAAGGGUCCUGCGAUAUUUGCGGCCGUUUACAUCAUCGAGUUUCGCAUGGAAGGGACGUUUUCCAGGAUUGCCAAAAGUGGAUUGUGAAAAGCUUCUUUCUCCUCUCCUUUUAAGGGGGAUACUCGCGACGCUCUGCAUUUCCGCGCUUGCUAACUCCGCCCGGGACACAUGUGUGCGCCUAUAAAGAUCGUACACGUAUAUAUAAUUUAUGCAACUUUGGGGAUAUACGUAAGGCAGCCUGCAGCGCAUAUACAUGCGAUCACGACGACGAGUGAGGAUGACUAAGCCCAUCGGAUUCGUCGGAUUCGUCGUCGUGGUCGUCGCAGUCCGACACGUCGUUCUCGCCUCCGGGAAGCCUCGCCACUUCGACAGUAGGGCCAAGUUUUAUCUGGUCGACGGUAGUCGUGACAUCUCGUACUAUCGCGGAUGCCCGGCUCCAUUGAGGGCGUAUAAUUGAUUGUGAAGAAUAUUUGAAAAAUCGUUGGAUCGGUGGAGGAGGCCUCGGACGAAGAGGGGCUCGGGGAAGAGUUUCUCAUUCGAUGAAACUUGGCGAAGAAGAAAUAUCGCGAGACGAAGUGAAGCAGAGUCGUCGGAUCAAAGUCGCUUGAAAAACACGGGGCAGCUCCUAAUCGGUGUUUUAUCGAGGCUCGAAAUACCCAGGGAAUAAUGUACACGGCGAGGAGGCUGCAGGGUGAAUCACGUCGCGGACCCGGUGAUCCGAACAGAAUAAUCACGAAAAGAAAAAUUAUUCAUUUAGGACUGACAUAAAAGAGGUGUGAAGUAAUAAGAAAAAACGAGGCGAGGGAAUAAAAUAGCGAAAGGGCGAAGGUGGUGGGUGAUGACGAAUUUGUUUAUUAUUAGUGAAUGAGAAAGACGUGAAUUUGGGGAAGUGAGUGAGUGACGAGGUUCCUUGAAAAACGUUGGUGCUAAUUUUGCCCGAUUACUCGUCGCCCGGAGGAUAAUUAAUCUUCGAUAUUUGGAUGACAGGAGAGCAGAUGAUCGGGAUUUCGUCACGAUUUAAUCACGGAAAUUCCUCUUCUCGAUGCCCCCGUCGAAAAGCUCUCCCUGAAGCGAGAGGGCUGCUCGGAUCGUCAACGAGGAAGCAACGAGCUGGACAAGGGACGUGCGGCGGCUUGAGUCCGUCGCAAAAUGUUGGACAUAUUUCGCGGCCUCAAAAGCCUCAUUAAAAUCUCCCACAUCCACAUCGACACUGCCGUGUUCCGACUGCACUACAGUUUCACCGUAAUUAUUCUCGUCGCUUUCUCCCUCAUCGUCACCACGAGACAGUACGUCGGCAACCCGAUCGACUGCAUCCACAGCAAAGAUCUCCCCGAAGAUGUUUUGAACACUUACUGCUGGAUACACAGCACUUACACCAUCACCGCGGCGUACCGGAAGAAAGAAGGCUCCGAGGUGCCCUUUCCUGGUAUCGAUAACUCGAAAUUACAUCCUGCCACCGAGAGGAAGGAGUACAGGUACUAUCAGUGGGUCUGCUUCAUGCUGUUCUUCCAGGCCAUUCUCUUCUACACCCCACGCUGGCUGUGGAAAGGUUGGGAGGGUGGAAAAAUACACGCGCUCAUGAUGGACCUGGACAUAGGCCUUUGCUCCGAGGUCGAAAAGAAGCAGAAAAAAAAGAUGCUGCUCGAUUAUCUCUGGGAGAAUCUGAGCUUCCACAAUUGGUGGGCCUACAGAUAUUACAUCUGCGAAUUUCUCGCGCUGAUAAACGUCGUCGGCCAGAUGUUCCUGAUGAACCGCUUCUUCGACGGUGCUUUUCUCACGUUCGGCAUCGACGUGCUCAGAUUCCUCGAGUCCGACCAGGAGGACCGUGUCGACCCAAUGAUCUACGUAUUUCCUCGGAUGACAAAGUGCACAUUUUACAAAUACGGCGUCAGUGGGGAGGUCGAAACUCACGAUGCCGUAUGCAUAUUACCCCUUAAUGUCGUCAACGAGAAGAUCUACGUUUUUUUAUGGUUCUGGUUUCUCGCUCUCGGCGCUCUCAGCCUUUUGACCGUAUUGUAUAGAGUCGUCAUUAUCUUUUCACCACGAACGAGGGUGUAUCUCCUAAGGCUGAGGUUUCACCUGGUCAGACGAGAAGCUGUCGAAACGAUAGUGCGUCGGAGCAAAGUCGGCGAUUGGUUUCUCCUGUACAUGCUCGGCGAGAACUUGGAUACUGUUAUAUACAGGGACGUGAUGCACGAACUUGCGAAUAAACUAGCGACUAGACACCACCACAGCCUGACGGGAGUCAAGAACGAUCUUCAGGAAGCUUGAUCAAGAUCCUGAAAUUUCUCGUCCUAAGAGGCUCUCGUCCGAGGAAGCGAGGACCGAACAAACCCGGCGAGGGACCGGAAGCUCAGCUGACAAUAAAAGAAACGUUCGCCGAAGGAAGUUUGAGGAGAAAAGAAGACACGAAGCGCUGGUGAACGGGGGGAGCAGCGAGUGAAUAAUGCAGAAUAUUUGGAAUGAAACCAAAGGAUUUUUGCCAAGUGGAAUUAUAAAAGUAUUUGGACGAAAUGAAAAAUGCAAUAAUCUACCGGUGUUACGGGCGUUAAGUGAAUUAGCGUUUGCGGUACGGACGACAGACACGCUGAAUCGUGUCGCAAACGGAACCGUUUUGGCUGAGGGGUGCCACACCACUAGGAGCGGACAAAACAACAAAAAGCAAUGAUCAAAGUCGCGACGACGGAGAAAAUGCAGAUAAAACGAUACUCCGAGGAGUAUCGUGACUUAUUCGAUUAUUCUCUUUGAAGGUAUAAACGCGAGCUAAUUCACGGGUUAAAGACUUGGGCAAAGACGAAUUUUCAGAUUCUCAUGAUAUUCGCUAAUUUCUUGAUACUCCAGAGAAAAAUAAAUGCGGAAAUAAUGCUUUAAAAUACCGGACAAGUAUGGCUCCGAUUUUUGGAAAACAAUUUCUCUAGUCAUCGAAAAAUCGUGCCAAUGGAUUGUGACAGUUGACUGGACAAUUUUCGAUCGUAGAUACAAAAUGCAGAGUGAAUAGAUAAAGUGUUGAAAUUGAGGGAAAAAAACGUAUAAACGAAUUAGAGUGUGUGUACGUAAUAAAAAAAAAAAUUUUGUUUUUCUAGUCAAUCGAUAUGAGCGAAAAAAAACAAUAAUCGUUAAUACGAUGAUGAUUAUGUUUUAAAAAUAAACAAAUGCAUAGAGGUGUGCAUAGUGCGAAAUAUUUUAAUCGAUAAAAUACACUCGAGAGAUUACAAAAAGACAACGAGCAACGAAUAUAAAUCGAAGCUGAAUACGAGAAUUUGUUAUUAUGUUACGAAUAACGAAAAUUCAUCGUUACGAGAAUGAAUUUUAUUGAACGAAUUUGCCCUAUAUUUUAUUACCAUUUUCUUUCUUCUUAUUUCUCAAUUGUUCUUUAUCUUCAUUUCUUCUUAUUUUUCUUCUUUUGUAAUCGUUACGUGGUAUGGAGGACCAAGAAUAACUAUUUUUUUGCUUUGUUUUUCAUCGAGUCUCUCGUGCCAAGUGCUCUUGAAUAAAUCAUAUUAUUUCGAUGAGAAAUAUAUGGCGUGUGUUUAUACGAACUAUUAUUCCUAAGUAGACGAGAAAGAAAAAAAAGAAUCGGACGAUUGUUGAGACUCGACGAUCGUCGAGGCUCGUCGUUCGCCAUUGAUCUAAGGUCAGAUACUGUGCAACACCGAAGUGUAUCGCUAAAUAAAAUAACCGAAAAAAUUCUUUCAGAGUUCUUUUCGGAGCAAUGAUGAUAAUUCAA